AAGGUGAGAAAUUCAUCAGCACACCGACACCAUCCCCACUCAAAGGAUCGGGCCUGAAAAUGUCAACCGGAAUUAAAAUCCGUGGCAAUGCUUGUUGGUUCUUGGGAUUUCAAUCAGAUGCGUAUUUCCGUAUCACAAUUGGAGUUGUUGUCUGAGCAAAUUCAGUUGAAAGCUCCAUCAUUUGUGGUCACUACCAUCAAUCAAAACAAGCACAUCCACGCGCAUUUAUAUCCAAUGGUGUUUAUUUACACCUUAGAAAUAUUUUCGAAUGUUCAUAAAACUUUGAUACUUCGUACAUACCCAGCCAGCAAGAAAACAUACAUUUUACGAACUUUUUAUCCACGACUUUUCAUCCAGUUUCUCUUCAAGAAAAUAUCCAGUUACGAGCUCGUUUACGAUGAUUUUGUUGGGUGGGUCUACAAAACGUCUAACAGCUAUGAUUGUGUCGCCCUUGCUUCUUUAUCGACUGCGCUAUUAAUAUUGUGGACUUUAUUGAAACUCUUUUUAGAGCAUGUGGCAUCACGUUCACAGCAAACCAUGUAGUUUGCGGGGAGCAUUUCGCGAGCUCGGAUUUGAUUGGUGGCGCACAACCAACGCACUUGAUGCCCAACU